CACAGGUCACAACUACAUCAGUGAAGUCUUCAACCCCAAUCACUUAUAUACAAACACAUGUUGAUGUAAUUUAUAUGCAUGUGUAUAUUUGCAGAAAACACAUAUUCAUGCUUUCGGCGGAGUCGAUUUUGUGAAUGGAAUGGAAGAGGUUCCUGAAGAGGGAAAGGUUUACGUCAUAUCGGAAUUUAAUGUUGAUGAUGUCAAAUAUUCUUAUUCGGCUGUCAGUAAUAAAAAAGAAAUAUAUUUCCUCAAACGGACAACAAUGACACUCAUCAAGGAAGACGACGGAAUGAUUCCAAAAUAUAAAUUCGAGCUGGUAGGUUUCAAUGCCCUGAAAGCCAGAGUUGGAGACACCAAUAUCUUGACAGAUCUUAUGGGUUCAGUUGAAAACAUCCUUCCAAUGCAAAGCCGCAACACAGCCACAGGGCCAAAGGACAUAUUGUUGUUUGACCUUACAGACGGCAGUGAGAGGAUAAAGGUAACAGUGUGGGCAGACCAGGCACAUGAAUUAAAAGCAGAACUCGACAAAAUGGGAGAUGAGUACAAAAUCAUCAUUCUUACCAGUUGUGGUAUAACAGAGUAUCGUAAACAACUACAAGCAAGUUCACUAUCCCCAACAAAAUUCUAUAUCAACCCAAAUUAUGAUGCGGUGCACAAUCUACGAUACAAGCUCAAUGCUAUAAAUGAACCAAUGAUUGGGGAUGAAUCACCUUCAGUGGUUGACUGCUCAGAAACGAAGAUCGAAACAUAUAAUUUGAAGCAGAUUACCGAGCUUCGAAAAUCUGAUAUGCAAAAUUUGGAAGUGAUAUGUCAUGUAUCCGUUUGUAGCAUCGAUGCACAGUCUAAAUGGUGGUUUUAUAGUUGUGACUCAUGCCCAAAUGAACUCACUUUCAUCGACAAUAGCUACAAGUGCGAAGACUGCGUCAAGAUCGUAUCAUACCCAGACAAGAGGUUCAAGGUCUCUAUGUAUGUUACUGAUCCAACUGACACAAUUCAAGUGUUUAUGUUCGAUCGCGAGGUCAGGCGUUUAGUGUCAGCCACAGUAAACGGUUUAAUUGGUCAAAAUAUGAAGGAAGGAAAGGGAGACAAAAUACCAGAAAAAAUUAUCAACAUCACUGGAAAAAGACUCAUCCUCACUUUAUCCUUAAAUCCUAAAAACUUGGUUGAUGGGAAUUCGGUAUAUUUUGCAUCAGAUGUAGUUGAAACUUCUGAAAAUCCAUCACCUGAACAACCUUCUGAACAAAAUACCACAGUAUCAACUACACAUCAUAAUGGUGCUGCUGUCGAUAAUACCAUGGGGAUAAAAUCUGCAUCAAAUAAACGAGUGCACAACAAGGACGAUGGACCUACUAAGAAAAAAAAAACUUAAUUACCAUAGGACAUCAUCCUUUUCUCACAGACACGUAGGAACUAUAAUUUAUUCUCUUAGAACUAUGUUCUUUAUCUGAUGCUCAACUUUACAUUCUUAUCGGGAUUAUAACUGAUACUAUAUUAUUUAUGUUCGAAAUUAUUUACCGAUUACUCUUCAU